AUGGGCAGAAACCUCGAGUACCCCAAACGUGCGCGCAACACAGUCAAGCGCUACGACAGCAGAGGAACAUACGACGCUGGUGCUAUCCACAAGAUCAUCAAUGCCACUCCGGUAUUACACGUGUCAUUUCCUCCUGGCAGCGAGGACCCAUUCCCAGCACUGCUGCCCAUGAUAGGUGUGAUGGGUUCGUUUGAGUAUCCGUCGGCGGACAUCAACGAGCCUCUUGACUGUUAUUUGCACGGCUAUGUCAGUGCACGGCUGAUGCGACUGGCACGCGAUUCGGAAAAGGGAAUUCCUGUGACCAUUGCGGCCACUCAAGUGAACGGCCUGGUACUCAGCUUGACGCCGAACAGCCACAGCAUGAACUACGAGUCAGCAGUAUUGCAAGGCUACGGCAAGCCUGUCGAGGACACCGAAGAGAAGGUCUUCGCCAUGGAGCUCAUCACGAACAAGGUCUUUCCAGACCGCUGGGCGAACACCCGCAUUCCGCCGGAUGGAGCUGAGAUGUCCUCCACCAUGAUUUUGAAAGUCUCCAUCGAGACUGGGAGUGGUAAGAUUCGACAGGGUGAGCCGCAUGAUGAAGCAAAAGAUACGAAGAGGGACGAUAUUACAGACAAGGUCUGGACAGGCGUGGUGCCGGUGUACCAAACGUUUGGAGAGCCGAUUCCUAGCGCGCUAAACAAAGUGAAGGAGCUGCCGCAGUAUAUUGGAUCACAUUUGACUCAGGCAGCCUCGAAGAACAAACAAAGAGCUGCUGAGGCUGCGAAGGAGCCAUAG